CAGGUGCCGCGGAGCCCGGUCAUGGCCGCGGGGGCCCAGCGGCAGCGCCCGGUGGUGGGGCGGGAGCUGCUCCAGGCCUCGCACUUCGCGCUGGGGCCGGACGCGCGGCUGCAGAUGCGCGGCCAGCGGCCCACGGCGCACCGGGACUUCCCGCCCUACGGCCCCGCCGCCCCCGAGCCGCCCAGCGCGCCGCCGCCCCGGGCCACCCUCUUCCAGCGGGACGCGCGCUGGGCCGGCGAGGAGCGCGUGUCCGAGUCGCACGCGGCGUUCAUGCCGCACGCCACGCAGUCGCGGGAGCUGGAGCGGGAGCGCACGCUGGCCAUGCAGGCCAGCCACCUGCACCUGCACGCCGACCCGCGCGGGGGCGUCCCGCUCUCCACCGCGCGCGCCGACUUCCGCUGGCCGCAGCUGCCCGCGCGCCACAGCCAGCAGGCCCGCGGCGCGCGCCUCAUCUUCCACCGCGACUCGGUGCCGUUCGGCGACAGGGCCAAGCUGGGCAUCCCGCCCACCACGUACCAGGCGCUCUUCCCGCCCUGCGAGGCGUGCCCGCAGCCCCGCGCGUCCUGCCACCACCUCGGGGGCCCCUCCCCCCUCAGGUGGGAUCACAGGAGAUGGGACCACAGAUGGGACGACAGGACCUCCUACCAGAGACAGUUCCAGGCCCUGAGGGGCCCGCCUGCCCUGAUGUGUAAGAGGGACUCCUCCAGUGUGUCACUGGGAGACGUCAGGAUUGGCUAUGGGCCCAUGCAUUCCGAGCAGAAGCAAGCCUACAGGCCCCCGGAUCUGCCCCUAGUCAGGUACCGAGGGGCCAUGGCCCACCACCAGGACAGGGCACAGGGCUCUCAGCAAUGGGUAGUGUGCCACCAAAGGCAGUGGGCCAGCCCUGUGCCUCUGUGCCUAUUGCAUGCAGACUAGGCCCCCUGUGCGCCAGGCCUCCCACCAUUAGCACCACCGGAACCCUGCCCCCAUCCCUUUUCCUGGGAGCUUCCAGGGCCCAGAACA